UAAAAAUUAUAAAACCAGAUGAAUAUAGAAAUUAUUGUAGAGUUUUUACUAACAGAGAAGCGUGAAGGUUGAAAAUAUAUCGUGGAUCAUCUUGAUAAGCAAGAACAAUAUGUUGUAUUGCCAUAUUUUCUUAUUUUCUUUAUUCAUUGUUUCAUCUUUGGCUGGUGAAACUGUUUUAAAUCAAUGGAAAAAUAAAAGUGAACGACAACACAAGAUACUGGAACUAAUGCCUGGACUUUUCUCAGAACUGGGAAACCGGGAUGCGACUAUAAUCAAGCAAAAAAACAACUUGUUAAUAAGAGAAAAAAUGCAUAGUACUAAAAUUAAAACACCUACAAUGCCAGCACAAAUACAGAGAAAAAUCUCAUAUUCGUUUUAUAGUUCAUGCUGUGAAACAGUGGACAGUUAUUGGCUCCUUGAUGAGAUCAUCGAUACAGCUGGAGAAACCUAUGAUGUUGUACAUUUAGCGCACCUUGGCCAGUACCAACUACUGACAGUUGGAUUAUGCAGACAACACAGUUACUGUGGUUUUAUAUUUUGGUCCUACAAGAAAUGCCGAGAACAUAUGAGGACCUACCACGUGUUGGUUUGGCUUCAACAAUCUCCCUGGUGUGCCUUCAAGACUGUCAAAUUACCAGCACGCUGUAAAUGUACUUGAACACUCAAGGACCAUGAUGUAUAAGUAGGACUUGACAUUUUCCUCUAGUAUACUUUCUAUAUAACCAACACAAUGUAAAUCACUUUCAACACUGUAAAGCCUCAACAUCGCUUUCUACUGGGUCUAGAGAGGUAGAAACAACUAAAACCUUGUGAAUCAAGAUGGUAAAGGCUUGUUUGACAAAUCUCUCUGGAACAUCUCCAGACUAUCAAAUAAUGCAAACACAGGUACAAAAGUGCUCGUCACUCAAGAAAAAAUCAACUUUAAAUAGGGCUUCACAACUCUCUCUCAUAAACUUUCCAGAAAGUUAAACAUACUGUUAAUAUGCUUAAACACCCCUGGAUUGUAAAUACAACAUGUACAGUACAAGUACAUAUCUUUUUUUGACUUAUACAAUGUCAUGAAAUGACAUAUUAUUAUUAAUCUGUAUAAAAAUUUAUUUUUACCUAUUAUCUCAACUUGAGAAUUAUAUAUCUAAGCCCCGAUCUAAGCACAUACACUGCAAUGUAUAAAUAGAUAUAAAGAGUUCAGAUGUAGAGUUGAGGCAGAAAUAAUCACAUAUAAUUCUUUUUCUUCAAUAUUUGCACAUUACAAUAGAAUCAUUGCAGAAAAAUAGGUGAUGAUUUCUCACAUUACAUGUAUUAUUCGCACGUUGAACAAGUAAUAGAUGUAAAUAAAUAAAAAAUGAAAAAUGAAAUA